GUCAUUGGUCAGCGCAGAUGACUGCAAUAAGGAAGCGCUGCUGAAGAAAAGCCAUCCUCGCGCAAAAAUGGCGGCGCUCAGGUUGGGUUGGGCUGCAGUGUUUAUUUGGAUUUUUGUCAGUCUAAUCCUCACUUGUAAAUGUGACAGUGUUGAAAAGUCAAACGAGUCGGUUAGAGACGAGGAAGUCGCUCGGAGUCCCGGCGAGCCCGAGCACGCAGAAGAAAGCAGCAAUGACGAGGUGCAGGCUGAAAAGCAGCAGUGGCACACCACAGACUUUGGGAUGAACGAGGCACUGGAAGACAGCAAAGCUCACUCUGGGGGGAAUGAUUCUCCUGGAGACAGCAGAGCUUUCAAAGCACCUCCAGCUAAAGACCACUUUCAGGAGGAGCUGGUGAUUCGGCCCCUGCACUCAGGAGACAUCUAUGCGAGUUUCCAGUUCCGCACACAACUGGACACUGAUUUUGUCCAAGAAGGAAAGAAAGUGUCCCACUACCGUCUGUUUCCAAAGUCCUUGGGCCAGGUGCUGUCUAAAUUCUCAGUGCGAGAGCUGCACAUCUCCUUCACACAGGGCUACUGGAGGACCAUGCAGUGGGGGCAGCCGUUCAUUCCUGCUCCUCCUGGAGCCGAGCUCUGGGUUUGGUUCCACAACACAGUGCAGAAUGUUGAUGAGAACUGGAAGGAACUCACCAAUGUUCUGUCAGGCAUCUUCUGCGCUUCUUUAAAUUUUAUUGACUCAACCAACACGGUGGAGCCUAGUGCCUCUUUCAAACCCCUGGGACUGGGAAAUGUGACUGAUCAUCGUUUCCUUCGUUAUGCCACAUUACCACGGGAAAUUGUCUGUACGGAGAAUCUGACCCCUUGGAAGAAGCUUCUUCCUUGUGGCUCCAAGGCUGGUCUAGCAGUGCUGAUGAAGUCGGAGAAGCUUUUCCACAGCAGUUUUCACUCACAGGCUGUGCAUAUCAGACCCAUCUGUAAGGAUUGGCAAUGUUCAGGCACAGCAUGGGAAUUAAGACAGACCCUCAGUGUGGUGUUCGAUCUCUACACCUCUGGCCAGGGCAAAAAGGAUUGGUCCCUUUUCAAGUUGUUCUCUCGCACUCUGACUGAGGCUUGCCCACUAGCGUCUUCUAGCAAACUCUAUGUGGAUGUCACCGACAACCCUGAGGGUGAGCUGUUUGACCUGAGCCCAGCCACACCUGUCCUCAACACAACUGUAGUUCUGGGGGAUCGCAGGACUUAUGCCGUGUAUGAUCUAACCAAAGCAGAGACUUUUGGCCAGCUACGUUCUCUCAAUCUCUUAAUGCGUUGGAAAGGGGAAGGUGGAGACAUGCUGCGUCCACUGCUCCAUGCAGAGCGCUAUGUGGCGGGAUUUGGACUCCAGACGGGCGAGAUACACACUCUAAUCUAUAAUAACCAUCCAUACAGAGCUUUCCCUGUGCUCCUGCUGGAGUCAGUGCCCUGGUAUCUGCGACUUUAUAUUCACACACUCACUAUCACCAGCAAGUCACGUGAAAACAAACCAAGCUACAUUCACUACCAACCUUCAAAAGACCGCUUGCGUCCUCAUCUCCUCGAGAUGCUCGUGCAGUUACCCCCUCAUUCUGUCACUGAGGUGACGGUGCAGUUUGAAAGAGCUCUGCUAAAGUGGACAGAAUACACUCCAGAUCCAAACCAUGGUUUCUACGUCGGAUCGUCUGUGAUAAGUGCUCUCGUGCCCAGUGUUGUCGCCAUGGACGUCAAUAGCAGUCAGGAGCAACCGCUUUUCAGCAGCUUUUUCCAUACCAAAGAGGAGUCAAGCUACUUUGUGCGUUUGUACACUGAGCCGUUGCUGGUUAAUUUGCCCACGCCUGAUUUCAGCAUGCCCUAUAAUGUUAUCUGCCUCACCUGCACGGUGGUGGCUGUGGCCUACGGCUCUUUCUACAACCUACUGACCCGCACCUUCCAGGUGGAGGAGCCGAGCCCGCCGCUAGCCAAACGCCUAGCCAACAUCAUCCGCCGUAUACGGGGAGUACCACCACUGUGAAGGACAUGAAGUUAACUAUGGAGCUCAUUAGGCAGCUUGAAAUCUGUGGACAUCUUGAUUUGGGAGAACCUCAAGUUUUUUCUUCUUUUUUUUUUUUUACAUGACUGAGAGGAGAAGUCGUCAUGAAGAAUGCUGCAACUUCAAGCUUUACCAAGAACCAAAUGUUAUGGGUCUGUGGUUUUUGAGUCUGUUAACACUGGAGAAAAUGAACUAUUUCAGUUUGUUUUAGGGCAAGAGGGAUUCAUUUACAUCUGGGUAUUUUAAAAAUGUACCAUUGUGUACUGAAAGGUUCUUAUUCCAUUCAUCUGGAAGACAGCAGAGUGAAAUGUGAACCCUUUGGAUUAUUGUACUUUGGGAAUGAGCAAGCCGUUAGUCAUUCUGUUCUGCAAAUCCAGUGAAGAUGGAAAACAGAAUGUCGAGCAAAAUCAAGCAAAAAAAAAAAAAGAAAUUGUACCAAUGUUAUUGAUGUGAAAUUGCUUUCCCUUGGAAGUAUAAGGCUUGCUUGUUUCUUCAAAAAGGGCCUUUAAUUGGAAUGCUGUUUUAACUCUCGUGAGAUAAGCAAACGAUUGCAUGUGUAAACCAGGCAGAGCUCUAAAAUGUAAUAAAUUGGCCCUUCUGUUAUUUAUAGAGCACAGGGAUGCGUGACAGAUUUUAAAUUGUGAGGUACUCAGUCAGCGAUAGAACUAUAUUUGCUAAAGUAGUUGGAGAACGAUGUGUUCAUCCAGGACUGUUAUUUCUGGCAGUCGGUGCCUUUCUUUUUGUUCCAGGCAGUGCUCGAAAGCACACUCAGUUGCUUAAUCCAUCCAAGCAGACAGCAAACGGUAAUAUAUAAUAAUUAAAAAUGUACUAGGAGACGCACAGCACACAUCUGGUAAACAUGUCAAUUGUACAUACUCAGACAGUGCAGGUUGCUGACAAACAUUUAUAAACCUCUGUAAGUGACUUAAGGUAGUUACAUGUGUGUUAGGAGUGGUCAUAAGUAAGAACCUUAAAUAAAGGGGUUAUGCAACCUAAUGCAAACGAGGUUAUGUAGAAAAGGUUUUCCACUUGGUUCUAACCUGUAGCUAAUGUGUAGGCUCCAGGGAAAUUGGCUUAUGUGUCUUGGUUUGUGAUUAAUCCCUAGAUACUUUGCACUCCUCUGAACUUAGAGAAGAAUGCUAACCACUGUUUCCUUUUCUACCUACGAGACUCUCUUCUCAAGAUAACUGAUACCUAAAAUUGCUUAUUUUUUCUUUCCUGAGAAGCUUUUCACAUGCUGCUAUAUUUUCUCUGUCUGGCCCUCUAGAGGUGCUGCCAAGCUGUAGGAGACGUUGGACACAAAAAGCCCUUUCUUUGCCAAAGGUUGCCACAUGUUUGGGUCUCAAGUCGAGGCCAAGACGUCUUUUACAUUCCUGAACGCUGAUGCUAGUUCUAAGAUACCUACUAACAUCUGCCAUACAAAGAUGGAGCGGUCAUGUGAAAAGAGAAAUGUUAAACAUAAAUGUUCCCAUUUGUACUGGCUCUGGAACUUUAUUUAAAACUACCAACAAUUCUGCAUGCCAUGCCUGGGGUUUAUUCUUGUUGUUUUACAAAAUAAAAUCCACUGAAACACUGAAA